UCCCCCUGAGCCCACUACGGACCCAAACUUCGCGCACAGGAAUCGCGCGUCCGGAAGUUCCGCCCCUUUCUGGAAGGCUGCCCUCCCAGGGAGGGCAGCGCAAGACAGCAAGUCAUCGCCAUUUCCAAGCCCACUUUCAAAAUGGCAGCCGGAAGGAAAUUUGUGAUUAAAACCCGCGGGGUUCUGCUUCACGAGUGCUAGCGCAACUUCCGGUCUGGUUGCAAGAUGGCCGCGCCCAGUGGUGGAUUCAAGCCUCGUGAACGAAGCGGUGGGGAGCAGGCUGACGACUGGGAUGCUGUGGCCCCCAAGCGGCCCCGAGUCGGGGCAGGAAACAAGAUCGGAGGCCGUAGGCUUAUUGUGGUGCUGGAAGGGGCCAGUCUGGAGACAGUCAAGGUAGGGAAGACAUACGAGCUACUCAACUGUGACAAGCACAAGUCUAUAUUGUUGAAGAAUGGACGGGACCCCGGGGAAGUGCGGCCAGACAUAGCCCACCAGAGCUUGCUGAUGCUGAUGGAUAGUCCCCUGAACCGAGCUGGCUUGCUGCAGGUUUAUAUCCACACACAGAAGAAUGUUCUGAUUGAAGUGAACCCCCAGACCCGAAUUCCCAGAACCUUUGACCGCUUUUGUGGCCUCAUGGUUCAGCUUUUACACAAGCUCAGUGUCCGAGCCGCUGAUGGUCCCCAGAAGCUUUUGAAGGUCAGUGUGGAGUAUACAGAGAAGAUGGUGUCCAUCAGCAACUAUCCUCUUUCUGCUGCCCUCACCUGUGCAAAACUUACCACAGCCUUUGAGGAAGUAUGGGGGGUCAUUUGACAGUAGUAGAACGUGUUCUGAAACCAGAAACUGUUGAUGUCACAUCCUUUGACCCGGGUCUGAGCUGACUGCUGGAAGAUGAUCUUUCUGCACUGAGACUGUGGAGUUUGGGGAGCCAAGGCUGUCCACUUGCUAUUUGUUUAUCCUAUGAAUACUGCUCUUGCAAACCUGGUUGUUUCGGGGAUUCCUAAAGUAUCUAACGGUGUAAAACUGUUUGUUCCCCUGGGACUUCAGGGACAGACAUGAGGUUACACAGUUAGUUUGGUUCCAUGCUUUGAAGGCAGGCUUUAGCUCCUAGAUUGCUGUGUUCUGAAGGAGAGAACCCUGAUUAUCAGCCAUGGCAGGGAUGGAGAACUGUGAAAGAGCAGUCAGGAAUGCUGGUGGUGAAAAACUGAACAAACAGAAGUGAUUUUAUCUAAUACAGUUUCAAGGUAGAAAAAGUGGAGCAGGCAGGGCCUUGCACCCCUCUCCACCCCCCCAUGGGGGGGGUGGCGGUAGCGGCACAUAUACAAUCAUAGUAAAUUGGCAGAAGAAAAACACAACAGAUUCCUGGCUAGAGGGGGAGAGAUAAGGCAACCGUGCAUGGGGGAGCCAGAGGGGAGAUGUAGGUCCCUCCGCUCCUCCCACAAGAGUUUCCCCUUUGGGCCAGGCGCCGUGGCUCACGCCUAUAAUCCCAGCACUUUGGGAGGCUGAGGUGGGCAGAUCACUUGAGGUCAGGAGUUCAAGAGCAGCCUGGCCAACAUGGUGAAACCCCAUUUCU